GCACAUCUUGCCAAAGCAGAAGCACCAAAGUCAGGCACAGCCAGAAGAGUUUGCACUUUGGCGUAGUCCGGUCGAGUUUGUUCCCAGUCGGCUUUCUACGCGUAGCCUACGUUGGCACAGCUAUCGGUAAUGGCGGAAUAGGGAGAGCGUAAAGAGAAGAUACCUUCAGUUCAGUUCAGUGCUCCAGUUUUGGGUGCGUUUCUGCUACAAUUAGCGGAAAAAUCGACAAUCGAAACGCACUGGCAAACUGAUUACGGAAGCGUUUUUUUUGUGAAUCGGUCAUCACCUUUAUUCAGAAGGUGUUCGCUGCUACGAAGCGAGUGAGUGACGUGAAGACACAGUUUGUCGACAGUUCGUCGUCUACACAGUGUUAAUCCUCGAGCGGUAGCAGCUACAACAGCUUAUCACUAAAAGUGCCUCUCGGUGUGGUGGUUGUAAACUAUAAUAAUGUUCGACGAGAUAACGCCAAGUACUGUGCCGUGCGAAGGAAUUUGGCGGAGAGAGUAAAAAUGUGCGAGUAAACAAGAAUGAAAUCGUGCAACCUGUUUUGGCGAGUGGGACGUGUUGUUAUCGAGCCUUCUUUGCCAUGUGCUAUACCUGUGCUGUGUGUGUUGAACGCCAAGCAGACGAAAAGGGUGAACUGGAGCUCGAGGCAUUGAUUCACGAUAACGACUCAGCAGGUCAGGUCAUCUGAGAAAAGAACAUCGCACUCGGCCAUGGAAAUGGAGCCCCGAGUGGCGAUCUUGCAGGAUCUCAAAAUCCAAUCAUUCGACACAAUUCGAUUCGCUUCAUACAGGACCGCGUGCAAGCUGCGAUAUGUCCAAAAGUCGACAAAUUUACACCUGGUGGAUAUCUGGAACGUGAUCGAGGCAUUCCGCGAAAAUGGACUGAACACCCUCGAGCACCAGAACGAGGUCAGCGUGAGUCGGCUGGAGACGCUGGUUUCGUCCCUGUACCACAACCUCAACAAACGUCUUCCCCCGACGCAACAAGUUCCUGUCGAUUCCAAAGCUAGUCUUCUGCUGAAUUGGCUGCUGGCGGCCUAUUCCGGCGACAAUAGCGGCAAGAUUCGAGUGUUCUCGAUCAAGGUCGCGCUGGCGAUCAUGUGCGCCGGGAAGAUGGUCGACAAGUUACGAUACAUCUUCUCGCAAAUAUCCGAUGGUGCUGGACAGCUUAUCCACUGGAAGCUUGGAGAUUUCCUACGGGAGGUCCUAGCGCUUCCUGCAGCCGUCUUUGAAUCACCCACAUUCCAUUACCAAGAGGGACUCGAAAGUGAAAUUUUCCCGGUGGAGAACAAAAUAACGGUUAACGACUUCAUGGCGGUUCUGAUGUCGGAACCGGGACCAGCAUGUCUAGUUUGGCUUCCACUGCUACACAGAUUGGCCACCGUUGAAGCAGUCGUCCAUCCGACCAUUUGUUCUGUUUGUCUGCGGGAGAAUUUCACUGGCUUUCGGUACCGCUGCCAGCGAUGUCACGCCUAUCAGCUUUGCCAGGAUUGCUUCUGGCAGGGUCGAGUUUCACUAAACCACCAAAACGACCACGAAGUCAAAGAAUACUCCAGCUACAAAAGCCCCAGUAAACAAAUCGGCCACUCGCUACGGAAAAGUUUCCGUUGCGUACCGGAGAAACCGAACCAGGUGCUACCAAGGUUUCCAGAACAACCGGAGAAGACGCUUAAUCUUUCACACAUCGUGCCACCAUCGCCGUUACCAUCUCAUAAUGGGUUUCAGGAUGGUGGCAUGAUCCCUGGCAUGUACGACCGUAGCAGUACACUGGACUCAAGGGGAACUGGUCUAUCACUGGACAGUAAUGGUACUUCCGUAAAUCGAGGGGGGCCUAUUUCAAACGACGAAGAACAUAGACUAAUCGCCCGAUACGCAGCGAGACUUGCUCAAGAAAGUCGGACGCCCGGCAGUUCGGCGCCUGAUCCGGUGCAAAUAGGGCUGGACAGCUCACGCGCCCAGCGAGAACUAAUCAUGCAGCUUGAAUCCAAAAACAAAGAAAUUAUGCGAGAAAUUCAGAAACUCCGUCGACAGCAGGAAGCCGAACAGGUGCAACCGGAGAGUCCUGCCCUGAUGAACGAGCUGCGGGCCCUGCGGCAGCGGAAGGGUGAACUGGAAGGUCACCUGGGAGCACUGCAGGACUCUCGACGGCAACUUAUGGCCCAACUGGAGGGUCUGAUGCGAAUGCUCAAAAACCACCAAACGCAAAGCCCUCGAUCCACACCCAAUUCUAGUCCACGGUCGGGUAAGAGUCCGCCCCUGCCCCAAGGUCCACAAAUGCCCGGUCAACCACGGGGACCCGGAAUGCCUCCAAAUGUGCCACCCCAUCUGCAGCAAAGCAUUUUGCUACAACAGCAGCAACAGCUCCAGCAACAACAACUUCAACAACAGCAGCAAAUGAUGCUGAACAGUCACAUGCAGGAGCCACCGGGAGGAAUGAUGGGCCAUCCCCACCCAAUGGAUAUGCGCGGAUACGCCCCCAAUGGAAACAAUAAUGGAGUUCACAAUCCAAUGAGUCGGCCACCAUCCGCCAAUGCCACCGUUGCCGCUGGCUCUUCCGCUUCCGGAAGAAACGAUUUGCACUACGCAGCCGAUUCAGUUUCGUCGGCAAUGAGCUCACUAGUGCGCGAGCUAAACUCAGAAGGAUCCGACGAUGAGUAUGGCAUGCAUCAUCAUGUCAGACAAAUGCUAGAUUUCGAGGAAAUGCAAAGUCACGAAUGGAAUGAUAAGGACACCGCUCAAUGGCAGGAGCAGUUCGCUCAGUGGAGUCUCAACUCGCAGAAUCAGUAAGGUCGGCUUGCGUCGCCUUCUCGUGAAACUUUCAACGUCUAGGAAUGUUCCUCAUCGUUUGCAUUCACUCACCUUACAGCUGACAUUCUACGGGCACCGUGAAUGUUGUUAACGAAAAAGUAUCAUAUCACAACACUGAAUCACACGUAUAGACAAGAAAAUCGAAUCGUUAGAUGAACUACUUAAAUAUAGUAUGGAGCUAUGGUUAUGUCCAUAUCCUUAUUCUCGCUUCUAUCUGAUUUGUUGAAAAUUGAAUAUUUGUGAUCACUGCUUGUGUCCAACAAUUGGAAAAUUCGUAAUAAGUUUGACCCAGGGUCAAGUUGAAAACUAGUAGAAAUUAGGGAAACGGUUCCAUUCCAACAUGAAUUGUGAAUUUAGCUUUCUCUCAGUUUUGAGAGUAUUAAUUUAUCUAAAGAAACAGUUAAGUUAAAAUUUAGAAGAACGCUUUUGUUUCCACGCCAUUAAUUAAGUUUACUUUUAUCGCUGUUAUUUGAAAAUUAUGAAAAUAUGCUUUAAUGUUUGGUUUUUUAUAUCUAAAAAAUCGGUUUUGUUUCGCAAGUCAAUUGUUUUGUUCGGUUCCAUAAAAAUCUCAAGCUUUUGGAUAGGAUAACGCACAGUGAUGUACAAACGUUAAGCAGUAUCAAGCAUUUUAGGCACUAUAAACGAACAAUUCUUAACAAACUGAAAUUAUCACUCACCUAAAGAAAAUGUAAAUGAAUUCGAAACCAAUGAGUGGGCUCAUUAAAUCCUUUUGGUGUAGUUUAGCAA